AUGUCUAAUAGUUCCUCUCAUAAUGGUCAUCUUUUCUUUGUCUCAACAAUAUCCUCAAACCCGUGUGCCGAAAGGCUUGGCUCUCUCAUGUUUUCUGUAGCCAAAAACUUCAUUAUAUUCUUGGCCAUGGUCAUUCUCUGCAAUGGUGUUCAUUAUCUUCUCAAGCCUUAUUCAAUGCCUCGCAUUAUUUCUGACAUCCUCGUUGGUAUGAUUGUGGGCAACAUCGGAUUCCUACGAGAUAUAUACGAAGAAUUCAACAAGACGUUCGGAUUCAUAAUCGAUUUUGUGAUGAUGUUUUACAUGUUUGCUCUGGGAAUAGAAAUGGAUCCUUAUGCGAUCUUCAAACAGCCAUCUCGGGAUGCUCAAAUCGCCUACGCCGGAAUCCUCUCCACCUUCAUUGUCGGCUGCUUCACCACGCCAUUAUUCGAUUUCUUCUCCGGCAAACACAAACUCUACUUCACACUCUGUCUCUCCACUCUCCUCGCCAGCACGGCGUCGCCGGUGUUGACACGUCUCAUCACAAGCCUCAAAAUCAGCAAGUCCGACAUCGGUAAGCUCGUGAUUGCCGCCGGCAUGCACUCCGACUUCCUCUGCUCUCUGCUCCUCUCCAUCGGCUACAUUGCGAUGCCGUUGCCGGUGUUCUGCGAGAAGGAGGCUUACAGGAUGAACGACAGAGGAAAAGCUCGCAUUAAACUGUCCAUUGUUAUGGGAUGUGCAGUUCUAGGGCAAAUGUUGUUCACAGCCAUAGUUUCUCCAAUAAUGAUGAGAUGGGUGAAUAAUGAAAACCCAGAAGGAAAACCCAUGAAAGGUGCACACUUGGUGCUUUCUGUGGCAUUUAUGGUGUUAAUCUGUGCAUCUUCAACUCUGUAUGAUUACAGUCCGAUUCUGAGUGCGUUCAUGGCUGGGAUUUGCUUACCACGUGAAGGUAGGUUAUCGAAGUGGGUCAUCACGAAGAUAAAUUACAUGUUAACUUCGAUUUUCUUUCCUAUAUUUUUCUUGUGGAUGGGUUAUGAGGCUGAUUUAAGGAAGUUUGAGGCUUGGAGGUUGGCGACAUGGAUAAGGUUGUUGAUGUUGGUGGCCAUAGGAAUGGCAAGUAAAGUUGCUGGAACUGUUAUUUCAGGAGCCAUGUUGGGUUUUAAUUGGCCUGAUUCUGUUGCCAUUGGCUUGCUUCUCACCACAAAGGGCCAUUUUCACAUAUACUUAGCCAUUAAAGUGAUGAAAUGUGGGGGAAAUACUACAACUGGAAUAGAGAUGAUAAUUGCAAUCUUUUUCACAGUUCUUCAUUCCCCAUCAGUCGUAGCACACAUUAUCAAGCGAGCUAGAAAAAGAGCUCCAACGCAUCGCAUGGCCCUCCAGUUGCUGGAACCAUCAAGUGAACUCAGAAUACUGCUCUGUGUUCACGGACCACAAAACGUCCCUGCAUGCAUCAACUUCAUGGAGAUUUCCAGAGGAACGACAGACCCAGGAAUGUUCGUUUGUGUCACCGACUUGGUGGAACUCACCGACGAGCUAGCAGCCGCCGCAGAGAAGGCCGAAGGAGGAGGAGAUAAUAAGACUGUGGCUCUAAACGACAGGGCUAUUGCGGCUAACAGAGAGAAAGUGACGAGCUCGUUUGAAGAAUAUGUUGACGAGGAUGGUGAUGGGAUUACUAUUAGGAGAUCCAUGGCGGUGUCGACGUUCAUUAACAUGGCACGUGAUAUUUGCUCUUUAGCUGAUGAACUCAACAUUGCCCUCAUCGUAUUGCCAUUUCAUAGGAGACAUCGUGAGGAUGGAACGCUUGAUGGAGGUAAUCCUGGCUUCAGGCACGUCAAUCGAAAGGUUCUGAAAAGUGCGCCUUGCUCGGUGGGGAUUCUAGUGGACAGAGGUCUAGGAUCCAUCGAGAAGAUACAAAGAACCAGCGUUUCAAUCAACGUGGCAGUCAUCUUCGUCGGCGGCAAAGACGACCGAGAAGCGAUCGCCUACGCCGGCCGAGUUGCGCGGCAUUCCGGCGUGAAACUCACAGUCAUAAGACUUCUAGUAGACACGACGGCGGAGGCAAACAAAUUCUCCGGCCCACUGGGCGUGAACCUAUCGGAGCAAGAACAGGAAAUGGCAUUAGACGACGAGUGUUUUGCACAGUUCUACGAGAAACACAUCGUCGGAGGCCGAAUCGCGUACAUGGAGAAACACCUGGCGAACUCGGCGGAGACGUUCUCGGUGCUGAAAUCGUUUGAGGGAAGGUACUCUCUGGUGAUAGUGGGGAGAGAAGGAGGAGUGAACUCCAUAUUAACGAAAGGGAUGAACGAUUGGCAACAAUGUCCAGAAUUGGGACCCAUCGGAGAUGUUCUUUCAGGUCCAGAUUUUUCAAUCACAGUCUCCGUUUUGAUCAUACAGCAACAUAAGCUUAAAGGAGAACUUGAUGGCUUAGACGACGAUUUCACAGUCAUGAUGUAA